UACUCUAGUGGACUCUCACAAGAAGCUCUCUCUCUCUCUCUCUCUCUCUCUCUCUCUCUCUCUCACAUACACACAACUAAUGCUAGCAACAUCUGCUCCCACACAAUAAUGGCUCCUCUACUCUUCAAGGACAUGAAGUCCAUGAACUUCUCCUGUGCCUCCCCCGCGUCGGCUGCGGUGUGCACGAGCAUCGACCGACGGUCGAUCGUGCAACCGACCAACGGUCGGGCUCUCGACCGCCACACUCCGCAUGUCAAAGACCCGCGAAGGAGAGCGAGGCCAACCGCCCACACGAACAACACAACCACUACUGGUGCUCAGCCCUCCGCGAAGCAGAAAUACAACAACAAGGCUAAGCAUAGAAAGAGUUUAGAGAAAACUGAUGAUCUCACAAGCCCCCCGGGCUCGUCGCGCUAUUUGCUGGACGAAACCGAAGUGUUUUUCGACGUGUUCCCCGGUUCGGAAUCUGCACCGUAUAGUAAGAACAUCGAGCUUGCGAGUGUUGAGAAGUGUAAGGGAGAUGAUGAUGAUAUGAUCACUGCUCCGAGGCCGUCGGUUUCGGUUAACAAACCGCAAGAUCAGGUUGUGGUAUUGAGGGUGUCUUUGCACUGUAAAGGCUGUGAAGCUAAACUGAGGAAGCAUCUCUCUAAAAUGGAAGGGGUGAAAUCUUUCCACAUAGACUUUGCAACGAAGAAGGUGACGGUGAUCGGAGACGUGACGCCGUUAAGUGUCCUCAACAGCAUUACAAAGGUAAAGAAUGCGCAGUUUUGGCCGUCGCCGCCACCGUUAGGCUCGUCAGAGGCAAUCUAAUCAAUCGUGUGGAUCGAUAUCUAUCGCUUUUGUACAUUAUGUUGUUUGGAUUACAAAGAAUAAUUACCCGUACUACUGCACAUUAUUGCACUUAAAAAAGAAGAUAAAAUUGUAUCGAGACCCUCUCAACUGUAGGCUCAUUUAAUUAAUUUGAAAUAGUUGCCUAAACUUUGUUUAUUUAUUUAUUAAUAUCUUCUUAACUUUUAUUUACUUUCAAUUGAAUUCCCGUCAAACUUUAUAACUUUAACAUUAUUGUUUCGGUUGAGAAAAUUAAGCGUGGAUUUCGUUAAUAAGUGAGGCGAUCAACAGCUAACAAAGUUACAAAUUUUGACGAAAUCGUCGAUUCAAUUGAGUGAAAUAGCUUAAGAAGAUAUCAAUAAAAAUAAAUAAAGUUCAGGGACCUGGUUCAAAACGUCCUAUUAUUGAGGGGUCGCCAUACAAUUUUACUUAAGGUUGAGGCACUAAUUAAUGCUGAAUUUGUUGGGAUAAAGGUGAACGUUGAAAGGGCCAAAUUAGAGUUUCUCUUUCUUUCUGUCA